AAAGGUUUUAUUCAGGACAAACUCGGGCACAUUUUGUCGGGUGUAACGACACCUUACGUCAUUUAACCGGACAUAACGCUACUAUUUCACAAUUUGUGUAAAUCUAGCUUGGUUAUAAUGUUUCAUUUCGUCACAAAAGUGUUCCAAAAUUAUGGAACUAAUGUCACACUGUGGAUUUCUCUAAUUACUUUACUAGUGACCUACAUUUACUAUGACGUACAAAAAAAAACAAAACUUCUGGAAGAAAAUGGGGGUACCCUUUAUAAAGCCCCCAUUCUUCGUUGGUAGUAUGGAAAUGAUGUCCUCAAAAUCACUUGCCGAGAAACUUCAGACUAUAUAUCACACUUACCCCGACGCAAGGUGUCAUGGUGUUAAUCAAUUUUCGUCGCCGAUUUUAGUGAUUAAAGACCCUGAUUUGAUCAAACAAGUAACAGUGAAAGACUUUGAUCACUUUGUCAAUCAUCGGUCUAUGGCAAUCCUCGACAAUGAUCCAUUCUGGAGCAAGAACCUUUUUGCCAGUCGUGACGAGAGAUGGCGCAAUUUAAGAUAUACCUUAAGUCCCUCUUUUACUAGCAGCAAAAUGAAGAUCAUGUUUAGUUUGAUCGACGAGUGUGCGCAACAAUUCGUGGACUAUUUCAAGAAACAAGACGAAGAGGUGGUUGAACUCGAAGUGAAGGACGCUUUGAGCAGAUACACCACUGACGUCAUCGCGACUACCGCAUUUGGUGUUCGUUGUAACUCGCUACAAGACAAGAAGAAUGACUUUUACUUGAUGGGGGAAGACGCUAGUAAUAUUGGUGGACUAAGACUUCUCAAGUUUGUUUUUUACGAAAUUAGUCCACUUUUGUGCAAGUUGUUACAAGUGAGACUCAUUCCGACUAAUGUUACCAAUUACUUUUCUAAAAUAAUCGAAGAUACGGUUAGAACAAGAAGGGACAAAAAUAUAGUUCGCCCCGAUAUGAUACAGUUGCUUAUGGAAGCCCAAAACAAUGAUGCCAACAACCAGAAUAAACGGGAAAUCACGCUCGAUGAUAUUAAUUCUCAAGCUUUUAUCUUCUUUCUGGCUGGGUUUGAAACGGUUUCCACUUUUCUCACGUUCAGUCUCUACGAACUCGCGCUUAAUCGGGAUGUUCAGGACCGUCUGCGGCAAGAACUUGACUCGGUGAAGGAAACGAUCACGUAUGAGACUCUUUUGGGUUUGAAAUAUCUCGACAUGGUUGUUUGUGAAAGUUUACGGAAAUGGCCACCAGCUAUUGUUACUGAUAGACAAGUCACUAAAAAUUUUACCAUCAAGCCUGAAAAACCAGGGGAAAAGGAAAUCCUGUUGGAGAAAGGUCUGACGUGUUGGAUACCCAUCAUUGGACUACACACUGAUGCUAAAUUUUAUCCCAAUCCGGAAAAGUUUGACCCGGAAAGAUUCAGUGAAGAAAAUAAGCACAAGAUUAAUUCUUCGGCGUACAUGCCGUUCGGGACUGGACCUAGGAAUUGUAUUGGUUCGAGGUUUGCAAUUUUGGAAAGCAAACUGAUUAUUUUCUACAUUUUGAGAAAUUUUGAGGUUGUACAAAUUGAGAAAACGCAAGUCCCGAUCGUUCUAGAUAAGAAGAAAAUUAAUCUAGCCGCUCAGGGGGGAGUAUGGCUGGGACUUAAAAAAAUUAAAUAGAUACGAUUUAACUAUUUUAACCUUCAAAAUAUAUAAAUUCAAAUGU